UAUUUUAUAAAACUUUUGCUAUUUUUCUUCUUUUUUUUCUUUAGUUUAGUAUAAUACGACGAUGUGGUGUAAGAAUGCCGCAGAAUAGAGUUGCAUAUUUUUAUGAUCCGGACGUUGGCAAUUAUCACUAUGGCACCGGACAUCCGAUGAAACCGCAUAGGUUAUCUUUAACGCACAGCCUCGUGUUCGGAUAUGAGCUGCACAAAAAAAUGGACAUCUUCCGACCGUACCAUGCUACGCCGUACGACAUGACGAGGUUUCAUUCUGACGAUUACAUACACUUCUUACAGCGUGUUACUCCAACUAACAAAGCUGGAUUUGCGAGCUCUUUGAGCAAGUUUAGUGUCGGCGAUGACAGUCCGAUAUUCCCCGGCCUUUUUGAUUUCUGCUCCAUUUACACCGGAGCUUCGUUGCAGGGUGCGGUGAAGCUAAACCAUGGAUUGUGCGAUAUAGCUGUCAACUGGUCGGGCGGGCUUCACCACGCCAAAAAGUAUGAAGCAUCUGGAUUUUGCUAUGUCAAUGAUAUUGUAAUCGCUAUUUUAGAACUUUUGAAAUAUCAUGCUCGCGUGUUGUACAUCGAUAUAGAUAUCCACCACGGCGAUGGAGUGCAGGAAGCAUUUUACCUGACCGACCGCGUUAUGACCGUGUCGUUUCAUAAGUACGGUAAUUUCUUUUUUCCCGGAACGGGCGAUAUGUACGAGUUAGGAGAGGAUUCGGGCAGGUAUUAUUCUUUAAACGUCCCUCUUAAAGACGGCAUCGACGACCAGUGUUAUUUAUCGCUGUUUAAGCCCGUCAUCCAAAACGUCAUCGAGAAAUAUCGUCCGUCAGUCAUUGUGCUACAGUGUGGCGCGGAUUCUUUGGCGUUAGAUAGACUGGGUUGUUUCUCGCUAAAUAUAAAAGGACACGGUGAGUGUGUAAAGUACGUGAAAUCAUUCGGCAUUCCGUUGUUGGUGCUUGGCGGGGGCGGGUACACGAUUCGCAAUGUGUCUCGAUGUUGGACGUACGAAACAGCAUUACUGGUUGACGAACCCGUGGAUGAACAAAUCCCAAUGCAGUCCGAGUACGCCAAUUUCUUUGCGCCUGAUUACAACUUGUGCCCAGUUAUGUCGGGUAACUUCACGAAUCAAAAUAGUAAGCAAUACGUAGAAAACAUUAAACAAACAGUUUUUGACCACUUGAAGUUUGUGCAGUGCGCUCCUAGCGUUCAGAUGCAAGAUGUACCACCCGAUAUAUUUUCGUUUGAACCGGUGAAAGAAGACGAUCCGGACGUUCGAUGUUCGAUGGACGAAACGAAGUGAGUUGAUUGCACUCUCUUUAUUUCGCGAUUUCCUUAUAAUUAAGUACCAAAGGGAAGCCGUCAACGAAUAUUAUAACGGCGACCGAGAUAACGACAAGACGGAAAACAACGACGACGACGAUGUAAAUAUUUCAGCUUGACGAUGUUUUAAAUCGCCAUAUUUUAUAUGCUCUUAAUUUAGUUUAAUUUUUUUUACCCAGUCGAUGAUAAGUUUUUAGGAUUGCCGGCGAAAUGUUAAUUCUGAAAAGUCCUGCAAUUGAAAAGCUCAGAAUUAUUUUAGACUGUCUUAAAAUUAAAUGUUUUAAAUUAUAUAUCUGAUUAAAAAUGGUCCUUUCAUAGUUUACAUGCAGUAAUUUACAUAGAUUUCUUGAAAGGUGACCUGAAAAAUCUGUGUAGUAAGAAUCCUUGAUUUUUUAGAUGUAUUGAUAUUUUGCAGACUAAGAUUGACCAAUUUUGCAGUAUUGGGUAAAAAAACUUUAGAACAGAAAACAUAUUUUCGCUGAAACUAAAUUUUGCGUUUUUUUAUUGCUAUGAUACAACGAAUUCUUGAAAUGUAUUAAUUUUUGCAAGUUUUUGUGUGUGUUUUUUAUAUAUUUAUUUUUCAUUAUUUUUUCCAGGUGGCAUCCCCAUAAAAAACUUUUUUAAAAAAACCUUUUCCUAUUAAUAUAUUCAAUUUCGCACCAAUAAUUUUCUUAUCAUAGAACAUAGUUUGUAACAAGAUGAGAACACGUAAUACCAGCGCUCUUUAUGCCCGAUGAGCAAAAUUUAACUUAAAAAGACACAAAAGAUGUUCUCUUAUCUCAUUUUACAAAAUUUCUUUGUACCAUAUCUUUACAAACACGAAUGUUUUUCUACUUUGUACAAUGAUAGCUUGCAAACCAAACUUCAGUCAGUCUUGGAAGUAAUUUAUUUGAAGUUGUCGUUUGCAGAAUAUAUUCAAACUUAAA